AUGAUUAAGAGUAAGACUUCUGUUACACUGGCCGCCGCCGCGCCGUGGGCGUGGAGUCCGGAUGGGAGGUGGCGAAUGCCUGGGAGAGUCGCAUCGGCCCGCCCGACCAGCCGGCGCCCGCCCACCGCGUGCAGGGACUCUUCUACGACAUCGGACUCUAUCCCACUAAGACACAAGUGUUUGAAAUGCUGGUGUGCGCGCGGCAGUGUGCGCGGCGAAAGUCGCUCAUACUCACCUUCGGGGGAGUUCUGCGUUUUCGCUGCAGAACUACGACGGUGCUCCAGGCAGACUAGACAAGCUUCCAAUAAACCGGAUUCUCCCGUACGGAGCGUAGACAAAGAACUUCGGGAUAAAGAUACGAUGUGCAAGCAUGUAAACGGCAGCGAGGCGUCGCCACCACCGUGCGAAGUGUUCCUGGGCGGCUCCUGCAAUCCCACUACUUGGAGGUCUGACAUCGCUAUCCCUUUGCUGAAAAAGAUGGGCAUUACGUACUUUAAUCCGCAAGUGGAGGACUGGUCGACGGAGCUGAUGGAGGUGGAGCACCGCGCGAAGUGCGCGGCGCGCGCGCUGCUUUUCGUGCUGGACAGCGAGACGCGCGCCGUGGCCGCCAGCGUGGAGGCCGCGCACCUCGCCGCCGCGCCGCGCGACCUGCUGCUCGUGCUGCGACCCUACGCGCGCCAUCAGACCAUCGGCGGCGAGACCAUCUCCGACCAGGAGUACGUGGAGCUGUCUCGUGCGCGAGCGACUCUGCAAGAGGCGGUAGAGCGGCGAGGGCUUCCUGCAUUCUCGGACAUCCCGGCCGCGUUAAGCUGCGCUCGCGCGGUACUACGCGGUGCUCGCACUCAGCCGCGGCACUCGCUCGGCCACACCAUCCUGCGUUUGAAGCGCGCGUUCGACGCCGCCGGCGGUCGGACCGCCACACUGUCGCGUGCGCGGGCGCUGGAGGCUCUGCGCGAGGCGACCCGCGCGCCGCCACACCUUGCCGAGCGCGUGUUGCCGCCGGAUGACCACGUCGACUUCGAAACUUUCUGUGCCGCUGUCGCCGAACUCGCUACAGACGCCGAUAGUCAAAGUAGGAACGGUCAAGAAGAGGUUAGCAGGCUAGCUGAGGCCGACGAGAAGCGCGUGUCAGCGGAUAGCGGGGAGAGGCCGUUCGAGGCCAACGGGCUGCUCGCACAUAACCCGCGGUUGAGAGCGUACGGCCGGAAGCUCGGGUUAUUCAUUCCUAAGAACAGCGGCAACCGGGCAUCGGAAGGGGUCGGGCGUGACGACGGGCGGCGCGACAGGCGGCAACGGGGGCGGUGGGGGCGCGGGCGAGGCCGUGCUGACGCCAGGCACGGAGCGGCGGCUGGAGCGCCUGCCCGCCAUGCUGGCCGCGCACACGCACCACGUGUACCUUGGCGGCGCCUUCCCGUUUUCACCGAGGUUACAGAAAACGAGUUGCAGUACAAAUACAUACAUAAUUCGGGCGGCGCGCGCGCCGAGGAGAUCCUGCGGCGCGAGGGCUUCACGUACGUGGUGCCGCGCGCCAACGACUACACGCGCAUGUUCUCCGCGCCCGCGCGCCGCGCCGCGCCGCGCGCUGCCUCGCCCGCCGGCUCGCCCUGCGACAAGCGCCCGCGUUCCGCCGCGCGCACCCCCCCCCUGUCACCAGACGAAGAGCCGGUGCAACUUCGUGAACGUUCAACGGACGCAGAAGUCGCAGACCGCCUCAGCGCUUCAGACUUUUACACCGUCAGCGAAGACGUCACACCGCAGCCGUUUAAAGGUACGUACGACGAGGAGCUGCUGCUGGGGUCGCGCGUGCUAGUGUUCUCGAUGAGCGCGGAGGCGCCGUGCUUCGCCGCCAUGGUGCUGGCCGCGCACUACAUGGGGCUGCGGCCCGCCGCCACCGUGCUGCUGGUGCAGCCCAUGGACCCCGCCGCCACGCACCUGCACUCGUACAGCGAGGCGGCCGUAAAAGACUACAACCGCGGGCGACAUUACUUGCUGGAUCUGGCGCGGCGCUCCAAGAUUCCCGUGUUUGAUAACGUGGAAGCCGCCAUGGCGUGCGUCGUGAGGCGCCUCAGAACCGACCUGUAG